AAGGAAUGCCUCGACAUCGUGUCGAGUCGACCUGGCGCGAGCUCCACAGUUCGAAAGGGCCGCUCUGGCGAGUGCCAGCCACGACUGGAUGCUACUGACGUCGAAGCUGUUUGUUGGACUUGCCCACGAGCCGCUGCCGUCGAUAGCCGAAGAAGACUGCGUCCACAGUGUUCCAUUUCCAUGGCUCCAUCAAUCUUAUGGCAUACUCACGAGCGACAUGCGGAGCUAGACCUCCUGUUUCGUUGGUUCAAGCAUCCCUCGCGUCCACAAUGCCUUGGCUGUCCCAGCUGUCCUCACACAUGCAUACCAGCAUCCGCAACCACACCCUGCCGCUCUCUUCAUGAUGACUCCAAUGGCAACUUUAGUCCUCUAGCGAGCUGCUCUCUCGCUGAUCUGGAUGGCUACAAGUCGCCGAGCACGGACGACCUUCCCCGACUCGACAUGAAACUCUCGUGGAGUCAUCCACUAGAUGUGGAAUACAUGCAUAAUACAUUAAGCGGGGAGGUGCGCGACGAAGCGACGUAA